CAGGGGGUCGCAAAGGCUCCCGCUGGCGGAACUCCUGACUCUCAUGCACCUCUGACGUACUUGGCCGAGUAAGGAUGUCGGGCAAGCAUGCUUGGGGGUUUUUUCUACUCUCGGCUUUGCUUCCUUCUGUCCUCGGUCGUUUGUGUGCACACCAUACGCGGGACGAGGUCUGCCUUGCUGCAUUCCGAAACCGAGACACCUCCUCCCCUCCCUUCUACUAUUCCGACGUGUAAACCGGAAUGGAGGGGAGUUGUGGGCGUGUGAUCUCGGUACGUCCCCUUGGCUGGGGAGACCAGCUGUGGUCAAGGUCACAGUACUUCUCCUGGCAUUCCUGGCUGCUCCAUUCCUCACACCGUGUUGUUGUUUUCUCUCACGGCAUGUGCCUUUCGAUGCCCAUGAGCGCAACGAAGCAGCGUCUGCUGCUAUCAAUUACAUAUAUGGCCGAUCCUGCCAUUUUGAAGCCUUCGUCGGCCCCCUUGACUGGGUCUCGAGCUUCGUCAUGACUUCCGCAGCUGUGCCGGCGCCUGAUCAACUUUGGAUCUUUUAUGGUCCAUUUCUUACUCGAACCCCGGUCGUGAUGGAGAAACCCACUAGGCUGGCCGACCUCAAGCUCGUCAACAAAUACUACCCAUCUGUAUCCAACUAUUCAUAUCCGAGGCACGAUUCGAUUACAACACAUCGUUGCGAGAACCCACUUACUGGUCGCUCUUCGGUCGGCUCAGAAUGCUCGGUGCCUGAGAUGGUCGAUGACCAGGAGUCAGACAUCUCGGCAGAGGACACCAACCAGUCUCAUAUUGUAUGUGACGAGACUUUCGAUUCGUUCUGGGAGGACUCGGAGGCCUUCUGGGGCAUUGAAUCUGGAGAGAGAAGCAACACAAUCCUCAUCGGCCCGACCACGCACUCCACAGCUUCCCAACAGGAAGGCGGCAGGACGCUGCCACCGGAAACUGGUCGGCAUGCUCCACACAGGAGCGUAGAUAACGUCGAGAAUGAUUCAAAGCCAUGCUGGCCUCUGGUAGCUGCUGAUCCCUGCGUCGCGCCGACACCGAAACCAUCCAAAGCCAUCUACUCUCUGUUUCCGCCGCCGACCGCAGCACCGCAACAUGGUCUACUACUUAGGCGGCCAGGCGGUGGUCAAACUGGAAGGAAUGAAAUUCCCCGUGACACGCUGAAACAGCUCGCUCCAACAGUCUCGUUGCCUCUCCCCAACAGACGCAAGAAACCUAGGAAGCUUCAUCUUCCAGCCUCAGAUGGAGCCAUCCGCUAUGACAGCUCGUCAUUGACGCAGUCAGCCCCCGGCACCCCGACCUUUCUGAUAGCAUCGCCCACUGCUGUUGCCUUUUCCAGGCGAAGUCAACAGACCCUUCCCUCUCAGAGAAAUUUUAGUCUUUCAAGGGCCCACUCAGAUAUCAAAAUCGUCCACUGCCCGCCCUCAGACAUCAUUUCACAGGCACCACCAACGCAACUCGCCGUACCAGCCCAGACUCAAGAUGUGCCUCGUGGCCGAAAAACACACCAAAGAACUCACUCGCAGCUGCGACAGUCCAUUUCUGCGAAUGAGGUACCCUCAAAUCUAAGGAUAACACCAUCGCCUACCAACGGCGCUGCACAAGCGCCGCGUAACCCGACCGGAAACUCACGGCCUACAACGCCGCAGACACAACAGACGGUGCUGCCCGUGUCGGUCUUUGAUUUCGACUCGGACUCGGACUCGGACGCCGACAGCGCCGCCAACUUCGCAAGGAGGAUCGUCAAGAAUCUGACGCCGCACAAGCGGUCUCGCAGCGCGUCGGCCGCGCCGCGCUCUCGCAAGGGCAGCGACAUUGCCGAGAAGCAGCUGAGGAGGGCACGUGCCGAUACAGUCACUUCUGCGACAGAGGGGCAGUCGCCGCCGGCCAACGAGGAAACCGGGCUUGAGGACAAGGAGAACGAUGGACCGCAUGCCGUGCCGGCCCUAAGAAGACAGAAGAGUGAGGUGUUUGGGACUAUUUUCGGGCGAAAGCGGUGAUCACGUCUCGGUUUUCUAGCAUUUAAAAUACUUUAGGGAUGAGGAAGCAUUGGUAUCAUACAUGAUUGGAUGACCUGCAAGAUCACAUGUAUGGUAUGAUACAAAUGGUUACUUGGAUACAUAAAACUGAAAGCUACCUAGGUAUUGAAACAAGGCUGCUACAGAACGUGUUAUCAUGGUGAUGGAUUUGUAGAAUAAGGCUCAUCCUAUUCUUGUG